AUGGCAUAUUACAAAGUUACACUAGUCAGGUCACUAAUAGGUACACCAGAGGCUACUAGAAAUAUAGUCAAAGCCAUAGGCUUGGGCAAGCGUGGCUCAGUAGUUUACAGAAAAGUAAGUCCCUCUAUGGCAGGUUCGCUUGCUAAGAUCAAAGAACUGAUAUCUGUUGAUGUGACCAAGAGUAGAUUGACCAAGCAGCAGCAAAGGGAAUUAAGAAAGACGAACCCUGGCUUUACAGUCGAGAAACAAGAAGACGGUCUACUUGAAUAA